AUGGCCGACCCACUUACCGCCUUGGGUCUCGCAGCCAGCAUUGUGCAAUUCAUCUCGUUCACCAGCAGCCUUAUCUCUAAAGCCAGCGAGAUCUCGAAUACUGCCCAAGGUGCUACUGUGGAAAUCAUAGAAUUAAAAGCCAUCGCUACUAAUAUCACCACUCUAAACGCAGAGAUACUCCCUCCUAGCGCUCCUCGUGGCAAUGACCAACAAUCGCGGAAAGCUGCCAAGUCUGGAGAGCUGCUACAUGAGCUCUGUACUGGUUGUGAGGAGGUUUCGAAGAAGCUACUAGAUGUUUUGGAGAAGCUGGAGUGCGAGGGAGGUCGUAGUAAAUGGAAGAGCUUUCGUCAGGCACUGAAAACUGUUUGGAAAGAAAGCGAGAUUGAAGCGUUGUCUAAACGCCUCGAACGGUACAGAGGGCAAAUAGACACGGCUUUGCUUGUAUCUCUCAGGUAUUAUAUUCAGGAGAGGGAAUCGGCUAUUGAUACUCUGACCGAGGAAAUCAAGAAAGGCACAUUCAUCAGCAGGAUUAGUGACAUCAAAACGAUCCAGCUUGAGCUGGCGGAUAUUCUUGAAUCGAGAGAGUGGCAGCUGAAGAGUCCUAGUGAUUUGGAGUUAUUCUCGUCGAAGGUGUCUGAAAGUGCAGAUUGUGGAAGACAAGAGCGCGCUGCUUCGCAGAUUCUCGAAAAGCUACGGUUUCGGGGCAUGGAAUCCCGAUUUGAUAAUAUUCCUCAUUCUUAUCAACAGACUUUCAAUUGGAUACUGGAAGACAACCAAAGUACUCCAGAUUUCUCGACAAGUCCUUCAACACAUAGAUUGAGCGAAGACAGCGUGGAUCCUCCUGUUACGCCAAGUCGCAAACCGCGCAAGAGCUGGGACAGCUUUUCUGAAUGGCUACGAAGCGAUCAGACUUUGUACUGGAUAACGGGAAAGCCUGGAUCGGGCAAGUCAACAUUAAUGAAACACCUAUCUCUACACCACAAAACAAUGGAGAAUUUGGCUGAAUGGACGAGAUCUCAGAAGCCAAUCGUUGCAGGGUUCUUCUUUUGGAACUCAGGAACCGCGAUGCAAAUGUCGGAGAUGGGUUUAUUUCAAAGCUUACUUCACCAAGCCGUCAAAGGUAAUGAGGAGCUAAUACCGGGGAUUUUCCCAGAAAGAUGGAGGCAUCAUGAGCUAUUUGGUACCGACCUGCGCCCUUGGUCCUUAGAUGAACUUUCUAAAGCAUUCGAAAUCAUGGUGUCUGACAGUUCCCGGAAGUUCUUCCUUUUCGUUGACGGAUUGGAUGAAUUCAGUGGAAACGAAGGGAAACUGGCGAAACUCAUUAUUGAUAUCGUUUCAUCGAGAAACAACAUCAAGAUGUGUGUUGCAAGUCGACCUUGGCUAGCCUUCGAAGACGCGUUCUACAUGCGACCGUCACUGCGUCUAGAGGAUCUGACAUCGCUUGAUAUCCAGAACUUCGUCGCUGGUAACCUGGGAGGUCACCGAUUGUUCUCAAACCUCCAAAAGGCACGGCCACGCGAAGCGAAAAAUCUCAUAUUGGAAAUUACGGAGAAAGCAUGCGGGGUGUUUCUCUGGCUUUUCGAGAAGAUCAUUGGUUCUGUCAGUCCGCCUUAUCUUGCACAGGCAUGUAUGAUAUUUCAGUGCCUCCGAGUGACUGACCAGCCACUGUCAUUGUUCGACCUAUCUCUUGCCCAGGAGACUUUUGACGACGCCAUGGCUGCAGAAGUCAAGCCUAUGGAUUCUACUGACAUUCAAUUUCGAGCAGAAACGACUAGGCGUCGUUUAAACAGUCGCUGCCGGGGUCUGAUUGAGGCUCCAGAUUAUGAGGAGGUGGGACCGAAUGCAAAAAUUCAGUAUUUACACCGGACGGUGAAGGACUUUCUCGCCCCUAGACGUGACUGGGAGAUUAAUGCAAUUUCAGAACACCCUAGCUUCCAUCCGGACCUCGCUCUUUGCAGCGGAUACCUUCUACAUCUCAAAGUCCUUUCCCGCAACAAGAGCCUGUUCUUUGACAAGUUCUGGAAACUUUUCGAUCUCUGUUUAAUCCGCUUUGAGUCCUUCAGAAAAGACGCCGUGAAAGGCCAAAACAAUAUCAUUGAUAGACAUCUGGAGAGCCACUUGCAUCUUGUUGAAGAGCUUCAGCGUAUAGGAGAUGAAACUUUCGGCAGUGUCCGCCCAGACGGCAGGAAGUGGUUAGACUUCUUUGUAGCACAGAGCAGAGAUAUCGGGCUCUUCAACCACUCUCGCAUUAAGCAUUGGCAUCAAAGUCCUGAAACCCACCCUAUGCCGAAUCUUUUCCCGAAGUACGCCAUCAAAUACGAGCUUGUCUCCUUUUUUCAAUCACGAUUAAAGGCGGGAUGGGAAUCAGAUCUCAAAAUAUAUGGCCCUUCUUUACUUCACAAGGCCGUGGUUACGGAGGAUGUACAUUUCGCUGAGCUUUUACUUCAAAACGGAGUCGAUCCCAACUCACGCUUCAAGAAUAUUACUGUUUGGCAAGAUCUACUGGCAAAGGCGAAUGGGCUUUCGGACACUCAAUCGAAGGACACAUGGGUUGGCCUCGUUUUACUGUUUCUAAAAUAUGGAGCCAAGCCUCGAAUUACCGUUGAUGGUCGGUCGGCAAAAUCUAUCAUCCAGAGUAUGUGCCCCGAAUGGGAUGAGUCUAAGCUGGAUCAGGUCUUGGGUGGAUCGUCUAAACUAUGGUCUGGACUGAUCCCAGGAACGGGGCAAAAGACGCAGACGAAGAAGUCCGUUUCCACUUUUGAGAGAAUUUUCAAGAAAUCUCUUAGGAGGUCUACAUGA